AUGGCAUUGCAUAUCUUCUCCAAAAAUGAGGGCUGGAAAUCGUUUGACCCUUUGGAAGAAAAAACACCACAGCCGUCUGAGAGGAAGCAGCCAUCUAGGGGUUGGAAAAAUCUGGAGCAGCCAUCUGAAGUUCUAUUGGUCUCCUUUGUUUUAAGCACAAUAAACUAUAGUUCCAUGGCCAUUUUGGGAUAUCUAAUGUAUGGAGGAAGCAUUGAGUCACAAAUAACCCUAAGUCUUCCUCAACAUAAAAUCGAUAUAAAAAUAGCAAUUUUUACAAGCCUCAUCAAUCCUCUUGCAAAAUAUGGUUCCAUAAUGUAUCCAAUCGCCCAUGCCAUUGAAGAUUCAUCUCCAGUUUGCACAACUCGAAUCAUGUCAAUUACUAUUAGAACUCUACUCCUUGUGACCACACUCAUUGUGGCUAUGUCAAUUUCAUUUUUUGCAUAUGUGAUGGCAUUUAUAGGUUCUUUUGCAGGUGUUGUCACCUCCAUUUUGAUCUCGUGUAUGUGUUACCUCAAGAUUAAUCAUGGUAUGGGCAAACUUGGGUGGGAAUUAAUGUUCAUUGUAUUGAUUAUGGUGACGGGAUCGUCUAUUGGGGUUGUGGGUACCUAUACUUCUAUAAAGGAAGUUAUAAAACGUUUGUGA